GGUACAUUUCCGGUUUCACCUCCUAGUAGCACUUUAGCUAAUACGGCGGCGGGAAAGUCGCUGAUACUAUCUUUAAUUCUAGCUUAACAAGAAAUCGAGAGGGGGACAUUUUAAAAGGACCGACGAGCCUUGCUUAUAAUUGAUGGCUCAAUAGUCGUACAUACGCUAACCGUAAACAAAGUUUCACCGUGUGGGAUUCAGCUAACAUGGCUAACGUCGGCAACCAGCUACCAACGCAGGCCGUUAGCAAACCUCCGUCAGGGAAACAUGGGAACGUAUUGCCCCUGUGGGGCAACGAAAAGACUAUGAACCUCAAUCCAAUGAUUCUUACGAAUGUGCUUUCUUCGCCGUAUUUCAAAGUACAGCUGUAUGAGUUAAAGACCUACCAUGAAGUCGUGGACGAAAUCUAUUUCAAGGUGACUCACAUUGAGCCCUGGGAAAAGGGGAGCAGAAAGACUGCAGGCCAAACUGGAAUGUGCGGAGGGGUGCGUGGAGUUGGCACUGGUGGCAUUGUAUCUACUGCUUUCUGUCUUCUUUACAAACUGUUUACUCUCAAGCUAACACGCAAACAGGUGAUGGGUCUCAUCACUCACACAGACUCCCCGUACAUCAGGGCACUUGGAUUCAUGUAUAUAAGAUAUACGCAGCCUCCAACAGAUUUAUUAGAUUGGUAUAAUGACUUCCUGGAUGAUGAGGAGGUAUGUCACCCCGGGAUGCCCAUUGUGCAGCAGGAGCUUGAUGUUAAAGCUGGUGGCGGCUGUGUUAUGACCAUUGGAGAGAUGCUACGCUCCUUCAUGACCAAAUUGGAAUGGUUCUCCACCCUGUUUCCCCGGAUCCCAGUUCCUGUUCAAAAGGCCAUUGAUCAGCAGAUGAAGGCUAGGCCACGCAAGGUGGUCCAGAAGGAACCGGAGGAGGAAGCAGAGUCAGAGAGACAAGGGGAACGACGAGGCUCCAGAACACCAAGACGGACUCCGAGUCCUAAAAGGUCACCCAAACGGUCAAGAAGCAGGAGCCACCACCGUGAGAGGGAACGCCACGGGCCGAGCUUUGACAGAGAGCUGGAGAGAGAGCGGGACCGGCAGAGGAAGGAGAGGGACGGAAGGGACAGAGACAGGGAGAGGGGGGACAGGGAAAGACGGAGAUCACGUAGUGCAGACAGGAACAGGGAACGCAAAAGAAGUCGCAGCGGCAGCAGAGAAAGGAGGAGCGAACGCAGGGAGAAGGAAAGAGACGGAGAAGAUAGGAGCAGGAAGAAGGACAGGGAUCACCACAAGGACAGGGGCUCUGAGAGGGAGAGGUCCAGAGACAGGAAGAGCAGAACAGAGAACGACGACCGGAGACACAAAGACGAUAGAGACAGACACAGGGAAGACAGGAAGGCCAAAAGGUCGAGUCGGAGCAGAAGCAGAGAAAGGAGGCAUAAGAGCAGCGCAGAGGAAAAGGCCAGGAAGAGAGAUCGCAGCCACAGCAAAGAGCGGGAAAGAGAGCGCUCCCACAAACGUAGCCGCAGCAAAGAGAGGAGUCGCCACCAGCGAGAUUCCAGCAAUGAGCAUAGUAGUAAACACGGUGAACGGAAAAGAAGCCAGAGCGCUGAGUAAAGGCAGCAAUGCUUCUACUUGAAUGAUUAUCUUCCUCCUCUUCGCUCAGCUGUCUGGUCAGCGAUGUGCCCAAAGUGAAGGAGCAUUAGCAGGCAGGGUUAGCAUCAGGGCUCAUCUUUGGCCAAACGUAAUGUUGGUUCCCUUCUGUUUUCAGAUGUCUCACUCCCUGUUAGAGUAUUGUUAGUCCUCAUUUAAACUCUGUACAGUAAGAAAAAUGGCAUUUUAAUUUUCUAUGAUUCUUGUUUUGCUCCAAGAAGUGGGUUUGUACAUACUGUCUAAGACGUGUCUACACUGCCUUUGGACCGUAGUGGUUGUGAAGGUUCGCCUCUGUACUGUCAGCAUAUUCUAGAUGUAAAUCAUAGCAGGUUAUCGGUUCCAUUUUCAGCCUUCGCUGAAGCACGGUUUGAAUCCAGAGGUGGAGCUUAACCAGUCUGUCCAUGAGCAUUAGUAGACAGUCCAGGAAGGUUUUUAUCCUCUGAAGGACAGAUUUAUUUUUACCACACACUUGAUCCCUGCUUGUGUUGUCUGAGUUAUUCUCUGUUGCAUUUUGUUUUCUAAUAAAAAC